GUUUUCAAUUGAGUCUUAGUCUAAUUGUGUACACACUUUCCCCAUACAAGAUUGGCGCAACAUUAUCAUAGUUCCUUAAAAAGUCUAAUUGGAAGAUCAAUGAUGGUUCCGUGCGUAUCAAGAAAGAAACAGAGGAUCACUUCAUUAGGACGAGGAAACGUCCAAUUAGUAACUGAAGAAGAUAAUGAUGAUGAGCUUGGUCACUCAACAGAUGAUGCUUAUAGUGAGAGGGAACAAAUAGCUAUUGAUGCACUAAACAUACUAAGCACAAGGAAUCCAGCAGCUGACAAUGAUGAUGAGCUUGGUGACUCAACAGAUGAUGCAGCAGAUCUCCAUGGUUACAAAGAUGAUUCUGACUUCAAAAAGAUGUAAGAAUUUCCAUGAUGAUGUUGUUUCUUCCUAGGGCUUUAUAACAGUUUCUUAUUCUAGUUUCGCUAAUUAAAAUCAGAACAAGGUG